UCAUGGAGCAAGAAAAUUCGCGGCGCCUUGAAAUGUGAGACCAAGUGCGUAAAACACUUUCCAAUCAUACAAUACCCCAUCACCCGCAAUCAGUUUCCUCCAUCUCUUCCUCUUUUUCUUUCUUCUCCAAUUUUUAAAAGAGUAAAGAAAGAAUAACUUUAUGAAGAAAUAAAAGAAACAGAAAGUAAUUGAAUAAAGUGGUUGUAAGAGAAGUAGUGAAGUACAGUGAAUUUACGUUGCCGCUGGAUCUCUAAAGCUGUCUGUACCGAAGCAACUUUCCAAUUCUGAUAUAUUUUUUCAGAAGUUUUUUUUUUGCUAACCGAGUAUUCUGGCCCCACCGAAAUGAUCCAGACUAGAGAUCGAAGUGAGCAUGGACGCUGCCAGGAUGUCACCAUGUGGCUCACCGUGUAACGGUCUUCGGUCUCGGAUGCUGCAGCCCAUAUGUAAAUUCCGCAGUAGCUAAAGCUCGAACCCAGAGGCGAACAUUCCAGCUGGAGCUCCUAUACCACUAGACCAAAGCAACUUGUUGUUUUUUUUUUUUUUUUUUUUUUUUCAGAAGUUGGAUGAAACUUCUUUUUUGGUUACAAAUAACUCUUUUGUUUCUAUAGUUAUUGUCAAGUUGCUUUUGUAGGUAAAGUUAAUCACAUUUAUUAAAUAACAAAAGUCUUUUCUUUAUCAAAUCUUUAAACUGAGAAUUAGUGAUAGAGAAACGACCGAACGUAUCCAUAUUAUGAUGUAAAGAACAUGAAUUCUAAUAUCGAAACAUAACAAACAUCUUUAUUCGUUUUAAAUCUAAUAGUAUGAUGCUUUAUACUUCAUAACCUACCCAACUCAUCGCCAAAGCAACCCGUCAGGUCACAUUUACAAACCAAACUAAACGUAAUCAAGAUUCAUUUAACAAAAUACAAUAAGACAUUUCAUAUCCAUACAUAAUACAUUCGUGGAAUCAUUAUUCGUAGAGUUGUUCAUCAGUAUCGCAUAUGUUGCAGGUAGUUGAUUUAGAGAUUACAUGAUGAUGUAAUGUGUUACCCAGCGUUAAAAAAAAAUACAUUCGUGAAAUGUAAGCACGAUGCAAUUGGAUGAAAGGGAACGUGACAUAUGAUAAAGGCCAUAAAGGUUAUACAAAAAAAGUAAGAGAGCCACUAUAUCAAAUGGUCUAAACCCACGUGUUGAAUUGUGGGAAGAUUGCUCCGCCAUUAAGUAAACCAUAUAGCCGUUAAUCAAACACUACGACAAGACUCAUGACUCCUAUAUAAACCCUUCAAGUCUCUGACCACCAAUGUUCCUUUCCAUGCUAAUUAAGCAACAUCUUCUUAUACAUUAUUUAUACAAACACCAUAAACAAUUUAUUGGUUAAAGCUUAUAGCUCUUACAAAGAUUACAAAAAAGAAAUGAAGAAAGCUACGGCAUUGAUGAAACGUAUCGUUGUGUUGUUGAGCUCCGUAAAGAACAAAACAAGUGCCUUCAAAACAAGACUCAUGGUGUUGUCUCUCGUGAAACACAAGAAUGUCGGGUUCCGUUCCAUUUCCAACAAGAUCCACAACCUCCUGGGCCAUUCUGAUGAUCAAGACCACGACCAAGACCGAGACGAGAGCAAGGCUAUAAUCCUCUACAGCAGUGGUGCAUCCACAGUGGCUCAUCAUGAUAGUUACGACGUACUAGAGGAAGAAAGCGACAAGUAUCCUGAUCUGAGGCACACACUGUUCGAAGGGGAUGAGGAUUUUGGGGAGUUGGAGGAAGGUUCCGUGAUAGAUAUGGUGAAGAACUCGAAGGAAGAAGAAGGAGAGAGUUUCAAGCUAGAAGACGAGAUCGACCAUGUCGCAGAUCUCUUCAUUUCAAGGUUCCAUAAGCAGAUGAAGCUCCAAAAACUCUUGUCCUUCAAGAGGUAUCAAGAGAUGCUAGCCCGAGGCACAUAAAACUCAUAUUCAUAUAGUCUCAUAUUACGAUAUUUGCUAACGUUUAUAUUUUGUGUUGUCGAUCAUAAAUCACUUGAUCUUCUUAUUUUUCUAUAGGAUCAAACAUUAUGAUCUCUUUAAUGUGUUUUCAAUUAUCAAGUUGGAUUGAAAGGAUUAGCUUUCUUAUAUGUGUUUUCCCAAUUUGUUAUUUUCCAAUAAUAAGAAACAAUUCAAAUCGAAA